AUGGAUAGUACGAUUGGCGAUGCGAAAGAAAGAAAAUUAGAUUGUGUAAAAAUUGAAAGUAGUGCGGGUGCGGCCUCUGAAACUCCUGCAGCUUCUACGGGAACAAGCGGAACUAGUUCGACCAGCGUGAAGAACGCAUCCAAAAAAGUUCGCAUAAGUGACGUGGUUACCUUCAUCACUUAUGAUAGGGAAGAACUGGAGCGGCAGCAGGGAGGUCCCCGCACGACUGCCCUCAGAACAGUUGUAGAGGAAACCCCAACGGAACUGCAAGAACAUGAAAUGAUAGAUAAAAUGUUAGAGAAAUUGACGUUGGACGAAGAAGAGGGCUUUGCUCUACAUUGUAAGACAUGUCGAGAAAGAGAAUGUUAUGUUCAGAAAAUUGAAAAGCAGUAUUGCAACGAAAGCACACCAGAACUCCCAUUUCAAAUAGAGUAUGAGAAGAGGUACUUUGGGGAGGCCAUUGAGUACGCUUGCUUGGACUUGGAGUAUUAUACAGGCAAGAUUCUAAGAAAAAUCCAGCAAUGUGCUGCUAUUCCAAUGCAAGGAUGUGUAUGUACUAUAUUAAAAAAGGUGGCCAAAAUUCGACGAUGUUCAUUCAAGGGCCUAAGGACAAGACACACGAAAAGAGAAAUAGAAAAUAGUCUGAAAGGAUUUAACCCAAAAGUAGACGAUAAUACGAACGAGUUUGACGAUAGUGACAACACACAGGAAGAGGACGAUAACCAUUCACCCAAGUACAAAAAUUCCUACGACAAAAAUGAAAACGCCAAUAAAGUACUAGAACUUAGUACAUCUACUUCGAGUAACCCCAUAUGGGCGAACCACUAUGAAUUGGUAUCACAACUGUCAACGAAGAAACAGUUCGAAGGAAAUAUGUCAUCGCCUGUCACUCCCACCGAUAAAGGUCCCACCGAUAUACAUUUUGGAAAGACCUCCUUACACCCAAUCAGUUACGCAGAAAAAACGACAGAGUUCUUUAAAACAAGCUAUGAUAAAGAUAAUGAAAACACUAUCAAUAUUAUACACUCCUCCAAUGGAGCUUUAAACACCGAAAUGUUAACCCAAGAUUUUACAGCAACGUCAGGGAAAACCGCUAACAAAAGCAGGCAUGGAAGAUCAUCAACAAACGAAGCACCUAAACAAGAAAGUAACACUCAUUCAAAUGACUACCCAGGCGUCUUCAAUGACUAUUUCACAUCAUCACAACGCAAAAUAACAGAAGACAAUAACCAACACCCAGUAAAUGACAAUACUGAGUCAUAUUCAAGCUCAAUGGAUGGUAAAGCAAUCCACAGUCAUACAAACAUCGAUCAUUCAGAAUUUAGAAGUAAUUCGAAAAGUUAUAAAACAACAAAUACCGAGAAUAGUGCAGAAGGGAUUGAAAUAGCUACUACUGCAAGUGUUGCGCUCAAUAAUAAUGCUAAACUUACAGAAAAUACAAUAGGCAAUUCGAAACUUACGAACAGUAAUGACCGUGGUUUGGUGAAUUAUAGCACAGCAUUUUCUGACUAUUUAAAUUCAACACUGGACACAACGAGCCAUGGUUACACUCACACCGAAAAAUUCAUCGUCACUGAAUUACCUGAUGCAAAAAAUAACACAAAGCAAUAUACAAAAAUAGUUACCGAGAAUAACGUAGGCGUCAGCGAUAAAUCAACAAAUAUUACGACCACUAAAACCAGUAAAGAAGUUUUAGUGAGUAAUGGAGCAACGUCUGAUAAUUAUUACAAAUCAGAAAGAGACCAAACAACCCGUGGUUAUACUAACACUGAAAAAUCCAUAAAGACCAACAUAUCCGAAAGAAGAACUAACACACAAGAGUAUACAUCGCUAGAUGAUUCCAAAAUAACGUUAAGUAGCGAAAAAUCGGAUUAUAGCACAAGAUCUGCUGAUUAUUCACCAUCGACAAGUGACCAAACAACCCAUGAUCAUCGUGGCACUCAAAACUCCAUCCACGCAGAUAUAUAUGAAGCAACAACUAACACUCAAGACUAUAUAUCGACAGUUAAAGAAACUAAUGUAGGCGCUAGCGAUAUAUCGAGAGAUAAUACAAUAGCUACGACCAGAGAUAACGAGUUGAUUAACUAUAUCACAUCCGAUGAUUAUUCACAAUCAACAACUGGCCAAACAACCAGUAAAGAUCCUAUCACUGAGAAAUCCUUCCGCUCAAACAAAUCUGAAGAAAGAACUAGCAAACAAGACUAUACGUCGACAGAUAAAUCUAUAAUUACGAAAAAUAACGAAGAUCUUGUGAACUAUAGCACAACUUCAGUAGAUCAGUCACAAUUAGCAAGUUACCAAACAACCAGUAAAGAUUCUAGAACUGAAAAAUCCAUUCAUGAUGACCUACCCGAUGGAAGAACUAAUACACAAAUCUAUGCAUCGACUGUUACAGGAACUAGUGUGAGAUUCAGCGAUAUAUCGACAGAUAAUACGAUAACUACGACCAGUGACGAGGAUUUAGUGAAUUAUAGCACGGAAUCUAUUGAUUAUUCACAAUCAACAAGAGACCAAACAAGCAGAAAAGAUCAGAACAAAGCAAAAUCCAUUCACGCUGAGCUACCUGAAAGAAGAACUAACACACCAAACUACACAUUAACAGUUACAGAAAUUAUUGUAGGCGAUAAUUCCAUAAUUACGACAAGUAGUGAAGAUUUUCAAAAUUAUAGCACAACUUCUGUGGAAUACUCACAACCAACAAGCGAUCAAACAAUCAGUAAAAAUAAUAGAACUGAAAAAUCCAUUCAAGCUGAUUUAUCCGAAGGAAGAACUAACAAACAAGAACAUGCAUCGACAGAUAAUUAUUUAUUUACGACCAGCAGCGAAGAUUUUGAGAAUUAUAGCAUAACUUCUGCAGAUUAUUCAGAAUCAACAAGUUAUCAAACAACCAAAAAUUCGCAAUCAACAAGUGAACAAACAAGCAGUAAAGAUCCUAGAACUGAAAAAUCGAAUCAUGCUGACCUACCAGAAGGAAGAACUAACACCCAAGACCAUACACCGACAGAUAAUCCCAUAAUUACGACCAGUAGCGAAGAUUUUGUGAAUUAUAGCACAAAAUCUGUAGAAAAUUCGCAAUCAACAAGUGAACAAACAAGCAGUAAAGAUCCUAGAACUGAAAAAUCUAAUCAUGCUGAUCUACCAGAAGGAAGAACUAACACCCAAGACCAUACACCGACAGAUAAUCCCAUAAUUACGACCAGUAGCGAAGAUUUUGUGAAUUAUAGCACAAAAUCUGUAGAAAAUUCGCAAUCAACAAGUGAACAAACAAGCAAAUAUUUACAAUCAAAAAAUGACCAAACAACCAGUAAAGAUUCCGGAACUGAAAAAUCCAUACAAGCCGAUCUAUCUGAAGGAAGAACUGAUACACAAGACCAUACAUCGACACAUAACUCCAUAAUCUCGACUAGUAGCGAAGAAUUUGUGAAUUAUAGCAAGGCUUCUGGAGAUUAUUCAGAAUCAACAAGUGAUGAAACAACCAAAAAAGAUUCUAGAACUGAAAAAUCCAUUCAAGCUAAUCUAUCCGAAGGAAGUAUUAACACGCAAGGCCAUACAUGGAGAGUUAAAAAAACUACUGUAGGCGUCAGCGAUAUAUCAACAGAUAAUACCAUAGCUACGAGCAGAGAUAUUGAUUUAAUUAAUUAUAGCACAACUUCUGUAGAUUAUUCACAUUCAAUAAGUGACCAAACAACCAGUAAAGAUCCUAGCACCGAAAAAUCCAUGGAAGCUGAUCUGCCAGAUGGAAGGACUAACACACAAAACUAUACAUCGACUGUCACAGAGACUAGUGUGAGCCUCAGCGUCAUAUCGACAGAUAAUACGAUAACUACGACCAAAGAUAAUGAUUUUAUUAAUGAUGGCCCAACUUUUGCAGAUUAUUCACAAUCAACAAGUGACCAAACAACGAGUGAAGGUCAUAGCGCUGAAAAAUCCAUUCACGCUGAUCUUCCCGUAGGAAGAACUAACACACAAAACCAUACAUCGACAGAUAAUUCUAUAAUUACGACCAAUAGCGAAGAUUUAGUCAAAUAUAACACAUCUGUUGAUUAUUCACCGCUGGCAAGUGACCAAGCAAGCCAUGACUACAGUGAUACUGAAAAAUCCAUUCACACUGAUCCACCCGAAGAAAAAACCAACACGAAAGACUAUAUAUCAACAGUUAAAGAAAUUAAUGUAGCGACAGAUAAUACGAAAACUACCAGCAACGAUGAAGAUUUUAUUAUUUACAACACAACAUCUGUUGAUUAUUCACAAUCAACAAGUGGCCAAACAACCAGUGCAGAUCCUAACACUGAAAAAUCUACCGACGCUGAUCUUCCCACAGGAAGAACUAACUCACAAGACUAUACAUCGACAGUUAAUUCCAAAAUUACGAACAGUGCUGAAGAUUUAGCGAAUUAUAACACGACAUCUGUUGAUUAUUCACCGUCAUCACAUGACCAAGUAACCCAUGAUCAUCUUAAUACUAAAAAAUCCAUCAAUGUUAGUCUAUCCGAAGGAACAAUUAACAUGCAAGACUAUACAUCGUCAGUUAAUUCCAAAAUUACGACCAGUGUUGAAGAUUUGGUGAAUUAUAGCACAACCUCUGCUGAUUAUUCACCGUCCACAAGGAGUCAAGCAACCCAUGAUCAUCGUAACACGGAGGAAUCCAUUAACUCAGAUCCAUUCAAAGGCAGAACUAACACACCCCGCUGUACACCUACAGUUACUAAGAAUACAGUAGGCCUCACUAAAAUAUCCAGUGACAAUACGAAAAAUGACCGGGAUUUAAUAAAUCAUAGCACAUCUGCUUUUUAUUCAAAGCCAACACAAAAUAAGCAAACUCAUGUAAGCACUGAGAAGACGAUAUACUCGACUUAUACUGAAGGCAACAUGGCAACCAAGACUGAAAUACCAACGACAAAUAUGGAAUAUUUAACGAGUUUCCCCACUACACCGGUUGAAUAUCAAACAAACCAAGAGCACAUCAAUAAUGACAAAUCAAUCACCACUGAUAUACCUCGAGGCGAAAGCAACACACCACGCCAUAAGACCACAGAUGCAGAUAAAAUCGAAGGGAAAACUUUCACCACCACAUUCAAACCAAAUUUUUCUUCGCCAUCAAAAAUGACUACAUCAAAACACAAAAACCAUGAUGAUUCUUAUAUUCUACCAACCACGACUGCAAGUCCCAGCAAACACACGAGGGCUACACCAAGUCAUUCAUCUAAAUCCACAACUUCACACGAAACUGAUGGACACAAGUUUACUUCGACAACGAAACGUAAAUCUGACACAACAUUAAUUCCAUCAGCUUCCAGCGGAGUCACUGAAGAAAUAAUUGCCAAUUCUAGCAAUUCGUCUAUAUUUAUCGACGAAAAUGCAAAUCCUACGUACGCCGUUACCGCGGAUUUAUACAAGCCAAACCAGCCCACAGCAAAUAUGAUUGCUAGUCAAGUACCAUUGGAUAUAACUGCCUCGACCCAAACUACAACUAAAUCAAAGUGCGGUUCAUCCACAGUCAGUGCAUCCAGCACUUCUAGUGUACAGUCUUCGACACUUAAAAUUAUAACCACAACGAAGUCCAAAGAUUCCACAACCGCUGAACUUAAAGAUGAGUCCAAAGGUGACUAUCAUUACAAUGAUUACGAUGCACUGAGCUUUUCUUAUAAUAAAAAACCACCCAAAAUUGUAACAUUAUUCACAGUGUUUUUGAUUAUUAUAUUUAUGUAG